GCGGGGAGAAAAUAAGAAGAAAUAAGAAUUAUACACGAUUAUGACUAGAACAAUAAUAUUAUCCACGAUAUACAACGAUAAGCGAUUGGUUAUCAAUGAUAAGAUUUAUCAAACGUUGGAACGAGCAGUGCUCGCGAUAGAAUUAUCCACGGAUGGCUAUAAGACGAAAAAACGAGUUAUUCCAUCAUCGACUCGAUUAAAAUUAAGGAGGAAGAAAAAUUUCCUCGAAUAUAUUAUAUUUCUUCUCCACGCGAAAAGACAUUUCAACUCUGAUAAUAAUUACAAUCACCGAUCGAUCUUGUAUAUAUAAUCCCUCUCGAAUAUUAAAAUUGAUUAAAGUUAAUUCGAUAAGGUUUUGUUGAUUACAAAAAAAAAAUAUUUUUGAGAAGCACGAUGAAUUCUCGUCACUAUCUCGCGAGGCGAAAUGAAAGGGAAUGAGCUUAAUUCCUUCACAUCCAAGGCAUUAACUGGUAACUUAUUUCGAUAUGUACACCUAACAAAGAAGAAGAGGAUUUCGAGUAUAUAGAAAUGCAAGAAAACACAUUGUCCCCGUCACCCUCAGUUCUCUCGAAGACUAUCGCGAUCACUGUGCAGCCACAAGGACAAAUUGAAGAGUUAAGAAGACCGAUACCUGUGAACACAUUGGAUUGGAUAUCGACUCCGAGAUCUCAACUGACGGUACUCUCGGGAAGUCAUUUCUUGGCCAAUGUGGAGCAACUGGAAGUACAACAGAUUGUUGAUUUAAACACAUUACUUGGUAAAUCGGAAAAAAGAUUCCAAUAUAGGGUGAAAAUACCGAAAGCUGAAACGUUAUUUUUGGCAAUGGAAGAAAAAACUGAGAGCAGAUCGAGUGGAUGGAAUUGUUCCAACUUGAUACACGAUCAUCUUGUGUUAAAUGUUGUGGACCGAUCCGGCGAAACUACAUUCGUUAUGAAUAUGGAUACCAACCUGACGUAUAUUUUCAAUAAACUACACAGGAUGACGGUGAAAAGCAGAAAUUUAAUUGGCACGGUGGAAGAAAAUUUUAACAUGAUAGGUUCGAGUUUCACGGUAUACGAUGCGAUACGGAACAAGCUUUGUAACAUAUAUGGUCCAAAUGUGUGCAGUUGCUGUAUGUAUCAGGAAGCGCAGUUUCAGGUCAUUUCGAUUGAUGGCACUCAUCAAAUGGCAUCUCUUAUGCAUCAGUGGGACAAUAAUCUUCAUGAUUAUGUAUUAUUAAUUACAUUUCCUACGGAAAUGAGCACAAAACUUAAAAGUUUACUUCUCGCUGCAGCAUUUCUUUUGGAAUAUAUGUAUUUUAAACAAGUAAAAAGAUCAUCUCGAAGUUAAUCAUCAAACAAUUAUGAUAUCGAUCUUAAAUAAUUUUACUCUGUUCCGAAAAAAUUGAAAUGAUUAUAAAUAAUAUAUUUUAUAAUUAAAAUGAUCCGUUUUUUCAUAAUGAAUGUAAUUUUUAUAACAAAAACAGUAAUAGUUUUAUAACAGCGGAAGAAUUCUUAUAAUUUAAAAAAUAAACCUUUAUGUAAUUUCUUCACUUUAUUAUUUAUUAGAUAUAAAUUUUUGAAUAUAAAAGAGCUCAGAUAUUAGAUGUUAUUUUUUUUUUUAAAGAUUAAAUAAAAGAAAUGAAAAAUCUGAAUUCAGUCAAAUCUGUUAUCUAUACAAAUAAUAAAAAUAAAAAAUUAUGAAAGACUUAUGUACAAUACAAUCAGUACAUAUAUGCAGAUCAUUUUUAAAAUAUAUAAUACUUUGUAUUAAUUCCAAAACAUUAUAAAUUUAUAAUUCAGUAUGAUUA